CUAAUGACGACUUGCUGCACAUCAUGGAGCAGCUGGGUAGACGUACCUGUACUCAAGGCUGGGAGUUCCUACUUCCUUUCGACCAACAUUUUAUUGAAAAUUUUCCUGAUGUAUUCCAAAGACAACAAAUGCUCUGGGAAGCUCGCUGGCUCCAGUUGUCUCGAGUUCUAAGUUUAACUCGUCAGGAAAAUAAAGAAGAGGUUCCAGCUUCACCCAAGUUACCUCGAACAAAACAACGGAAACGUACAAAAUCUCAUCGAUCGUCAACUAGUGAUGACAACGAAGGAAGUGGGACUGAUGGAGGUAUAGAAACUAAAAAAGAACCAAAGUCUCCUGUGAAGGUUUUAGGAAUCAUGGGGUCACCUAAACCAAAGAAACCCCCCUGGUCACCACAGAAGGUCACCAAUGGGCCCAUACAACCCCCUGUCAGUUUAGAAGCGAAUAAAGCAACAACCAGUAAAGUUGUUAAUGGCCCACCUCAUCCUCGCAUGGCAACUUUUGAAAUAUCUCCUACCACAUCAGCUUACAUGCUAUCACCAGAACUGAAAGAAGAGCUUUUCAACUUCACCAGAGAGAAACUCCAGGAUCAACUUUGUUUGUCUCUGAGGGACCUUCGUCAUUUUUUAGACCUGAAGACAUCGGGGAGCCACAUUUUUAGUGGCAGUGUGUCAGAUGAACUUCUCGAGGAAGCUGUUCUAGCUGUUGGUGGCGUUAGGUUACAGAAUAAAUGGCCACAGAACACGACUCCUGAGCCUUUAUUUGUAUUUACCCACUUUGGAGACCACUUAGACAGGAUUCGAGAAGUUUUAAUAGAGGCGUUUGCCACCACUGCUCGACUCCGACCAGGUAUGUUACAAAAGAAGGUUGAAGAUCAGCUCGGGGAGUCUUUGUCUGAAGAGGAAUGUAAAAAAUUACUAAAGAACUACUGUGUAUUCAAGUCUGGAUUCUAUUACUUGAAGGGUACAGUAAACCCUGACUCCUAGCACUGCACACAUUCUUUGUAUAUCUAACUAAAGUAUUUAUCCUGGAGUGGAGACAGUAGAGAAAUUUGAAUUUUGGGAACCAGCAGUUAAAAUAUGGCACACCUAAUGAUUUAUAGGUAUAAUGUCAUACAGAUGUGCUUUAAAAUCCAGCUGUUCACAUGAUUACUGCAAGGAGGAAUGUUUUUUGUUCAAGGUGUGGUUUAUGAGGAAAUACUGUUCAGAUUCUGCACAGUUGUCCUCUGAUGUUUUUUAGACACUUUGUGCAAGUGUUAAGAAUUACUGCCAAGAAAAUUAAGAAGAUCUACUCAUAAUUUUCUCUGUAAGACAAAAAGAAACAAGUGUGAUUAGAAGCCGUAAACCUUUCUCCUUAUCAAGAAAAGAGAAAAAUUAUCAUUCUUUCUCUCGAUGUUUCACUAACGAUAUAUAAGACUGCCUCGGUGUUGCUGGGCUAUUCAUUUUCGGAUGAAAAGUUGUAUUAUCUAGCAAUUCAUAAAAGCUUAAUUUAGUGAAAUUAUUGACAACAUCUCACAAAAUCCAUUGAUUUAUAAAACUCACUUUUACUCCAUAAUUGUGAUUGGUUAUCUACUGUAGUAGCUUCACUGUUUCUUGACUGAGUAACAAACAUCCCAAACUUGACUCACUUAUUAUUAAAAAAAACAGAUAUUACAACUUUGUGAAUAACCUAGAGAAAGAACCCUACUAAGAACUAUUUUCUAGUUUGUAAAAAAAAUUUGUGAAAAACAAUAAAUCAUUUUUUUUUUUACUUAAUUUUUUAUAUAUAAAUCGUUAUUAAAACCAAAAAGCCACUUUGGUAUUAGGUAUAUCACGAAACACAAAAUAUAAUCGUGUAUUUUUUGUUCUUAUUAUUUUUGGCUUAAACCAUUAAACUUAAACUAAUUGUUUAACAAUUCAGAAAUGCUUGAAAAUUAAAAUUGAAGGUUUUGAAUAUAGUUCAUGUGUUUAUGUGAUAAUUCAGUCACCAGAAAAAGGUACGCUUUGUACAGGUAUGAAAUAAUUUUAUAUUGUGUAAGAGAGAAGAGUUAUCAACGAAAAGUGUUGGUGAUCAACAGGUACACUGAAAUUUACUAGCCGGAGGGUAAUUUUGUUUUUAAAAAUAUUUAAUAUUUCAUUCCAGAUUAGUUGAAUAGAGAAACAUCUCAUAUGAAGAGCUAAGUAGGUAUAUUAAUUUCAUUAAAAAACAUUGUGUAUUAUACAUAUUGAAAAAAUGCUCAUUUCCAUUGGCAGAAAGACAAAAGUUUGUGUAUAGCAAAACUGUAGAAGCUUGUGACUUUUCAAAUGAAAUCUUUAAAAAGAGAUUAAUAAAGAUAUUUCUAUUUGUA